AGGACAUUAUAUUGUUUCUUGCUCCAAAUAUCCAUUAAACAAGGCUAACAAUUCAUGGCUAUCUCUUUCUUCUUCUUUUUCACUUGUUUACUCCAAUUAUCGCUCUUUUCCGCAGCAAGACUUCACAAUGCAGCUCUCUCUAGACCACAACUCACUGCUCAACUAGACUCUAUAUCCAAGAAUGACACUCCUACGACUUAUUUUGAAGUCACUAAACCUACAAAAUUACCUAAAACCAAACCUUGCUCCUACUUAGUCCUCAAACAUGACUUUGCCUAUACAUAUGGUAAACCACCGGUACUAGCAAAUUACACUCCUCCUCCAAAUUGUCCAUCUCAGAAUUUUUCCAAGAUUGUGCUAGAAUGGACAGCAACGAGUAAAGGAAGGCAAUUUGAUCGCAUUUUUGGUGUUUGGCUUGGUGGGGUUGAGAUUUUCAGGAGUUGUACUGCUGAGCCGAGGCCUAAUGGGAUUGUUUGGACUGUCAAGAAAGACAUUACUAGGUAUUAUUCUUUGCUCAUGACCAAUCAAACUCUUGCUGUUUAUUUAGGGAACAUUGUUGAUAGUAUAUAUACUGGAGUGUAUCAUGUGAAAAUAUUUGUCCAUUUCUAUCCUGCUGAUAAAGAACUGGGAUUUGAUUAUGGGGCUGAUUUGAUCGUACCCAUUUCGAGAAAUCUGCCAUUAAACGAUGGUCUAUGGUUUGAGAUUGAGAAUUCUACUGAUGUACAGUCAAAGGAGUUCAAAAUCCCACAAAAUGCAUACAGGGCAUUAUUGGAAGUUUACGUAUCAUUCCAUGAGAAUGAUGAAUUCUGGUAUGGAAAUUUGCCAAAUGGUUAUAUUACUGCGAAUAAUCGUACUGAUAUGCAGGGGAAUGGUGCUUUUAGGGAAGUAAUAGUAAGUGUAGAUGAUGUUGUAGUUGGUGCAGUUUGGCCUUUUACUGUGGUAUAUACUGGUGGUAUUAAUCCUCUAUUGUGGAGACCAAUUAGUGGAAUUGGCUCAUUUGAUCUUCCUUCUUAUGACAUUGAAAUUACCCCUUUAUUAGGAAAGAUAUUAGAUGGAAGUAUCCAUAAGAUUUCAUUCAGUGUCACAAAUGCUUUGAAUGUGUGGUAUAUUGAUGCAAAUUUGCAUCUUUGGUUGGAUAAAAAGAGUGUAAAAACACAAGGGAAGUUGUUGGAGUUUAGUAAUUUGCCUCUUUCCUUUUCUUUGGCAAGCAAUUUUAAAGGACUUGAUGGAUCCUUUGUCACGAAUGCACGUAGGUCGAUUUCGUUGAACGGAUGGGUAAAAUCAUCUUAUGGAACAAUUACUACAAGGUCAUCUCAAGAUUUGAGUUAUAGUAACAAAAUUGUGAUGGGAAAUGAAGCGAACUUGCAAAUUGUGGAUCAAACUAUUGAUUUUAAUGACACAGUUUAUGCCAAGACGCCGUCUUUUUCUGGUCAUGUUCUUGAAUCCUUUAAAAAGUUUCAGUUUCAAUUGUACUCUGAUGGUGUUGAGAUAGGAGAUCAAAGUUAUGUUUCUAUUUCAAAUGUGAGUUUAAUAUUUGAUGAGAAGAGGUUGAAGGGUUUCAAGAAUAGAACCUCAACUAGCUCUAUUCAAAAUGUGCAAAAAGCACAAGGAUAUAUGCUUUUAAAGGACCAGUCUAUAGUAAGUGGAGUUGGGAGUAGCCAACAAAGAUAUAAAUAUGAUGAUUAUUCAGGCUGCUAUCUCAGGAACAUAAGCAGCUCAAAUUACACACUGCUUUAUGAUAAAGUGAGUAAUAGUUGCAGCAAAACUACUGAGGCUCAGUGGUGAUAUAAGAGAAAGCUUCAAAUAAUUGCAGCCUUGGCAUAUACGGUGCCCCAUGUUUUUGAGUUAAACUCAACUUCUAAUCUUGGCAAUGAUGGUAUUUAGCUGCUGGGAUUGAUUUUUAAAGUUUUUACAUAUUGUUUUGCUAGCAAUUUCUGUGU